AAACGGCUAGUUCAAACCGCACAAAAUCAGAGCGGUUAUUUUAUUACCGUUGGCUUAUUUUAUUGCCGAUAUUAAACUACUCCGUUUAAUGUCAGAGGAUUUUAGAAAUAAACAAUUCAUUUAUUUACUGGAUUUUUUCCGUCCAUAGAGUGUGUUGUAAUCUAGGGACGUGCUUUGCUAAAAGGAUACAUUAUUAAAGUUUCCGGCACUUUGCAGAGAGCGGUAAUCAUGGAAUCAAUCAACCGUUUCUUCAAGUGCGCCUCCUUGCGGAUGAAGAUGCUGACCUCGGAAGACGAGUGGAUAUACGACGAGGAGCCGCACAGUAAGCGCCGGAAGGAGAUCCUCAAGGCGCAUCCGGAAAUCAAAGAGCUUAUGGGGUACGACUCCAAAAUUGCGUAUAUAGUAGCUGCGGAAGUUGCCGCGCAGAUGUUGAUGUGCUACCUACUUAUGGAGGCAUCGUGGCCGACGGUUUUCGUGCUCGCCUAUGUCGUCGGCGGGACUCUCAACCAUUCUCUCGGCAGCGCCAUUCACGAGAUCGGACACAACCUGGCGUUUGGCCACGGUCAUCCGGUGAAGAACCGGCUACUCAGCCUCCUGUGCAACGUUCCUAUAAUAGCGCCGAUGGCCAUCAGUUAUAAGAAAUACCACGCAGACCAUCACAGGUACCUCGGUCACGAGACCCAAGACGUUGAUAUUCCCACGCGCCUCGAGUCGUACCUCUUCCGCCAUCCAAUUACAAAAAUUAUUUGGCUGAUUUUUCAUCCUCUUAUUCAUUCACUGCGACCUUUCUACAAAAGCCCGAAGCCGGUUACAGGAUGGGAGCUGAUUAACAACGCUGUUCAAUUAGUGGUGAAUCUGGCGCUUCUCAAAGCAUUCGGAGUCAAGUCGGUCGUCUAUUGUCUGUUUGGUACUUUAUUCGGAUUGGGGCUACAUCCGCUUGCCGGUCAUUUUAUUUCGGAGCAUUACGUCUUCAACGAAACCGGGCAGGCCACAAUGAGCUAUUACGGUCCGCUGAAUUUUAUCCUUUUUAACGUGGGGUACCACAUUGAGCACCACGAUUUCCCCUACAUCCCUUAUAACAAAUUGCCGGAAGUUAAGAAACUGGCCCCGGAGUUUUAUCAACAGCCAUUUCACACUUCUUGGGUCAAGGUUCUCUGGGAUUUCAUUUUUGACCCGUAUCAUGGCCCCCAAGCUCGUUCUGUCGGGUACCAUGUGAAUCUGAGUACCAAGAAUGGUCACGUUACUUCCAAUGGAACCCAUGACAUCAUCGCUAAUGGCGCUCCUAAAAUAAACGGGCACGACAUCGCCGAGAAUGGUCACUGUAAAGCAAACGGACAUAAAGUUAUCGCUAAUGGCGCUUCAAAAACAAACGGGCACUUGAUGAAAAACGGACACGUUUCCAAUGGGAAGGAAAAAUCUAACUAGGAUUAAUUAAUUCACAGUUUUAGUUAAAUUAUUUGUAAUGCAAUUUUAAAUAUCCAGUCCAAGCUUCAUUUGUUCAAAUAUUAAAAAUUACUGUGAACAGUGUUGUGAGUGGAUAAACCGUUGCCAUUAAAAAUAUUUCUGAUUUUUUUCGAGAAAAGAUGCUUUCAAAAUCACAUUACAGAAGAAUUUGUUUUUAUAUCAAUUAAGAACGAAUUAUUUAAGCUAUGCAAUUAAGAGAAUGGAAGAAAAUUAAAAAUUGUUGUUUUGUAUAAAAGUGUUAAGAAAUUAACUGCUCUUAGAAAUAUGUCCGUACAAUUGGAAUAGGUGUCUCGGCGUAUUGCAUGCCGAAUUAUAUAGACACAUGUUUGCCUAGCGACUACAACUCUGUUAACUUAUGAUUUUUUAGUGAAAACUUUUACGAACUGCCAUCGUAUUAAAUGUGUAUAUAUGUAUUUAUUUUUUGGGUUGUAACCAUGUGCGUGGUAGUGUAUGUAACUUCCCAAUAAGCGACUAAACAUAAAACGUGCAUGCUGAAAGAAAAUAAAGCGUCGUAUUUUAUGAAAACAUUAUUUUACCUGGGUUUAAGUAUAUAUAUUUUCAUAAUUAUCAUUUUUUAAUUAAAUCUACUGUUUAUAAUUCAAAUGUAAUUUACUUUUUAAGUUCAGGAAAUGGAAGCAUAUGGAAAGCACAACUCGGGGCAAGUGUAAACAACAAUCUUACAUGAAAUUAAUGUGUUUUUGUUGUAUAAGCGAUGUUUAUAUUGGUAUGUGUUGUUUAUGUUUAAAUAUUUGUACAAACGCAAAAACGUAAGCAAACAAUGAUGGUUAUUUAUGAUAUAAAGGACAUGUAUUAGCUGGCUAUUUUUCGAAUAGUCCGAGCUUAAUUUACUACUCACCAAAAUGUCAGCAUAAUGCAAACGUACAGCAUCUCAAUAUUCCUGUUUCUACUACAGGUUCUCAAGUUAACCCAUUUAUGCCUAGUGGACUCUCCCAUCCUUUUAAAUUGGAUCAAUUUAUUUAAAAAAAUGUGAUGUCUAGUAUAUUUGUUUCUAUAUUUAGAAUAUUUCUUACAGAAAUUCCUUUAAGCAAACAACGCAGACCCAGAUGAGACGCGGCAUAAUGCGGCGUCUCAUCUGGGUCUACGCUGUUUGCCAAUGCCUUUUUUUUCUAGACGCUAGGCAUAAAUGGAUUAAUUUUACAAAUGUGCCCAUUUAACAAGUUUCAUAACUCUGAACUGAAAUUGAGCAGAAUCAUGGUCUUGUUGUAAAGGUUAAAGGUAAACCUGCACUAUCUCCGUAUAUUGUUUUUACUUUGUGAACAUUGACUCACCAGGACCUAUAAUUGAGUCGCGUUCUGAGAAAACUGGGCAUAAUGUUUUGCGUAAAGUGUCGUCCCAGAUAAGCCUGUGCAGUCCGCACAGGCUAAUAAGGGACGACACUUUCCGCUUUUAUUGUACUUUUACUUUCAGGGAAGUUCCUCCUUACCGAAAAUCAAGUUUAGGCGGAAGUGUCGUUUCUUAUUCUGCACAGGCUAAUCUGAAACGACACUUUACGCACAUGCAUAAUGCCCAGUUUUCUCAGAACGCGACACAUAUUGUGCUUUCUUUUUUGUAGGUUACUUUUAUGCACACCAAGGGUGGGAUUGAAUUUACCUCAGGUUUUGUACAUGCCAUUGUAACUUAAAAUAGAAAAAUAUUAAACAUGAUCUAACACAGAUAUGCAACAUCAUAUAUGUCUAAUAGUGUUAAAGCUGUUGCUGAAAUGUCCUCGAAUUGUGCAUGACAGUCUAGUCUGUGUGUGUUUGUUUGUUUGUUCGAAUGCAUUUGCUUCUCUCUGACAAACAUUUAUAACGAUAAAACGCUCCUUUUCAAAUGGAUCACUUUAUUAAAUGUCAUGGAAAAACACGUAUGAUUUAUAUUACAGCUUCUCCAUUAUUCGCGAAACACGUGGUAUUGGAUUGAAAUCAACGCUUAUUUAUUGUAUAGUGGUAAUAGUACGUACUUAAAUGACGUCAUAGUUUCUUAUAAUGUUUCAAAUAUAUAAGCAUACAUUAAUGCGAUAUUGUAAGAAAAGGGGCACUGAACAAUUAUUAAGAUUAUUAUUGACCGCAUUACUGAGAGUUAUGUUAGUUAUAUAUGUUAGUGUUAUUUAUAUCUCUUUGUGGUACUAACAUCUAUUUGUGUUAUUUAUAUCUCUUUGUGUUAUUUAUAUUUCUUUUGUGUCUUUUAUUUUGUUAAGUUAAUCGCCGCAAAGGAUAUCAAUUAUAGUAUAGCUUGUUCAACUGUUUUUAAGUGUCUUUCUACUCAUAUUUCGUUUAAGGUUAGUAAUUUGUUAAUGACUGGUAGGAUUUGUUUGUGUUUUUUUUCUUUUAAUCAUUCAUUUCUAUGAGAGGACGACGUGUUUCGUAUGAACCCACGUCUUUCUGUUCAUUUUCAAGAUAAAAAUCAAUCUUCACGCAGAGUUGUGGUUCCAUGCUCUCACAUACAAUCUCUGCCAUCACAAGCAAAUCCUACCAGCUUUGGUAGGAUUUUAUUAUUUUUGUUUAAGUAUUAUAUUAUGAAAAGUAGUAUCAUUUUCUUUUAUAUUUUGAAAAUAGUUUAUUAGUUAAGGUUCACAAUACAAAAAAAUACCUCAAUAAAAAAUCAAGUAAAUAAUAACGGGACAAUUAUUGUGCUACGUUGUUUUGAUAUCAUCACGUAGUUGGUUAUGAAGCCAGGGAUUUGAUCAGGUUAUGCUGGUUCAAAUGAAAUCUCUGCGUGGAGUUUGGCUAAAAAUAAGGACCGAACUUCCUUUGAAGCGAAUGCACUAUUUUUUUUCAAUUACAAUUAUAAAUAGUUUUUCCUGACUGAAUAAUAAAUAGUUCUGUCUGCUAGUCCAUAUAUAAUGGUUUUUGUCAUUUUUUAUAUUUGAUUUAAUCUGAAAAUAGAUUAAAUAAUAACGUGUAUAAGUCCCUUGCUAUGUAUUUUACCAUUGUAAAUGUACAUGUACAUAUGUGCAUUUAACCACGGCGGCACGAAUUACCCAAAUCUACCAAAAUCUACCAAAAUCUUCCCAAAUCUACUCAAAUCUACCCCAAAUCUACUCAAAUCUACAUAAAAAUAAUUAUUUUACAUCAUGUUUGUGUGAUGGGCACUAUUGUUCUGUUUAUUUAACCACACCGUGUACUAAAAAAAACGCGUAUAUUUUGCUUAUUUGCACUCAGGUUUAUAAUUUGCAUAUACAUUAUUUACAUAUCAUAUAUGGUAACGCUUUUAUUCCGUGCCAUCAAUAUGUCUUGCAUGUACUGUUAGUUGUAUCUCAUUCUUUACGUUUUUAUUAUGCAUAUCGUUCAAAAUAAAGUAUGUCU